AUGGCCGAAGCUGUAGCAAGCACUUCAGCCCCCGGUGCAGCUAGCGGAACGCACCGGAUUGCACCCCUUCGGGGAACUGAGAAUUAUAAUAUGUGGCGCAUACAGAUGGAAGACAUAUUAUCAGAUCUUGAUCUAUAUGGCUACGUAAACAAGACGAUUAUUGCACCUAGCAAGACUGUACUGAAAACCAAAAGAAACCGGAAAGAUGACAAGGGCAAACCAUUGCCCGACUAUGAAUAUACAGCAACUAACGACGAGUACACGAAAUGGGUUAAAGCCGACCGAAAAGCAUUAUCUAAUAUAAGAUUAAGAGUUGACGGAAGUGUACUAAACCUAAUACAAGGAUGCACAACGUCCGCCGACGCUUGGAACGCCCUUGCGACGACUUACCAAGUCAAGGGAACGGUCGGACUCAUUGACCUACGAAGAAAGUUUUUCAGUCACUGA